AGGAAAUAUAAAAAAGAACUCUCCGCUGGAUCUCAUUUCAACACACUUGUCUUUACCGACAAUGGCCUCCGUAAAUCUCCGUCGGAGAGACACCGUGUUAUUAACGGCAAUGUUGGCGACUGAAACUGGAAAUGUUGCAAUGAAUACUCUAUUUAAAGCAGCGACUUCGAAAGGCCUUAACUCUUAUACCUUCCUCGUCUAUUCUUAUCUCAUUGGCUCUCUUCUUCUUCUUCUUCCUUCUCACUUCUUCUCUUACAGGUCGAGAUCACUUCCUCCACUGAGUUUCUCAAUACUUUGUAAAAUAGGACUUCUUGGGCUGCUAGGAUCAACGUAUCUGAUCACAGGAUUCAUUGGCAUCGAAUACAGCAACCCAAUCUUAGCAUCCGCCAUUAGCAAUAUCAAUCCUGCUAUUACCUUCAUCCUCGCUGUUAUUUUCAGAAUGGAAAAAGUAUCUUUAAAAGAAAGGAGCAGUGUUGCCAAAAUGAUGGGGACAAUAGUGUCAUUAAUUGGAGCACUUGUGGUGGUGCUCUACCACGGUCCACGUAUCUUCGCCGUAACUUCGCCGUCGUGGCCACAACUCCGACAGCUUUCUCCAACGUUAUCAUCAUCAAACUCCGAUUGGAUCAUAGGUGGAUGUCUUUUAGCCAUCAAGGAUACCCUCAUUUCUGUUGCUUUCAUCCUCCAGGCGCACAUAAUGAAUGAAUAUCCAGCAGCAUUCACAGUCUCUUUCUUCUAUUUUCUCUUUGCUUCAAUUUUCACCUCGCUGAUGGGAAUCGUAGCAGAAAAGAAUAGUCCAAGUGUAUGGAUCAUUCGAUUCGAUAUUACAUUGCUUUGCAUUCUUGUCGGGGGGAUAUUUAAUCCAGGAUACUACACAAUCCAUUUGUGGGCGGUACGUAAUAAAGGACCUGUUUACUUAGCGAUAUUUAGGCCUUUAUCGAUAUUAAUAGCAGUGAUCAUGGGAGCGAUUUUUCUUGGCGAUUCUCUUUAUCUCGGAAGUUUAGUCGGAGGAAUUUUGAUAUCAUUAGGGUUUUACACUGUGAUGUGGGGGAAAGCAAAAGAAGAGAAGACUCAAUUGUUGUCACUUUCAGAGGAAGCUCCUCUUCUAAACAAAAACUAAAGAUGACCAAAAUAUAAUUAUUUAAGAAAAUUUGGAAAUAAAUAGAAGAAAAAAUUAAGAAUUUAAAUAGUAUGCAGUUUUUUUCAUGUUUACACGUUUUAAAAAAUUGAUUUUGUUAUUUUUUACCUUCAUGUUAUUCAUCACAUUUUCAUAUUUCCAUAUUUUUAAGUUUUUUCAUCUUUUUAAAACAUGAUUCUAC